AUGUUUGUUUCCACAUUUGAAUUGAUCUGCCUGGCAGCCUCCAAUUCUCAUGCUGUUUUUUGUUUCUGCAAUCUAAUCAUAGCCAUUCUAGUCGUCGGAAGUUCCAUGUCUGCUUCACAGUGUAACGAAGAGAAACCUUAUCCUUGUCAUAGUUUUCCCUAUGAAAACAAAGAUUCCACAAACAUGAAAAAUGCUGCUUCUUCAUCUAUGAAGGCAAAGAAACUGGUCGAAACUGAUGAAGAUGAAGCAUCAUCUAUCAGUAUAACAUCUGUCAACAAUGAAGAAAGAACUUGGGUUGAAGAAGAAGAAGAAGAAGAAGCAUCUUCAUCUGUCGGUAUAACAAUGGUCAACGAUGAAGAAAAAAGUCGGGAUGAAGAACAAGAUGAUGACGAUGAAUUGAGAAGAAGAGUUGAAGAAUUCAUUGAGAAAGUAAAUAAAGGAUGGAUGGAUGAAAAGUUGAAAACAUAUUGUUUAGUCCAGUGA